AUGCAUCUGAGGAGCACAGCUUUCGACUUCACUACGAAAGGGAUCCUCCAGGAGGCAGUGCGCAACACGCAGUACUGGCGCCUGAAGGACAGCAAUGGGAAGCCUCCAGGCCUCCUUGGCUGGAUGCCGACGCAUGCAGUGACUUUCUUAGACAACCACGACACUGGGAGUACGCAGGCACACUGGCCUUUUCCGAACGACAAGGUUCUCGUGGGCUAUGCGUAUAUUCUCACUCACCCAGGCCUGCCAUGCGUGUUUUGGGACCACAUCUGCGAUUGGGGCGAGGAUGUGCGAAACCGCAUCAAGACGCUGCUGCAGCUGCGCCGCCGGGCCGAACUCCAGGUAGAUGCCCCUGUGAACAUCCUUUGUGCGGAGCACGACCUGUACAUUGCAGAGAUCGGAUCUCCUCCGGCACUUCGUGUGGCUUUGGGUCCCAAGCACUCCGGUGUCGAUGGCGACUGGGCUCCGGGCGCUGAGGGCGCUGACUAUCGAGUCUGGAUUCGUCAAGGCAAGUGA